GGCUGCCAGGGAGCGGUAAUUGCCGCCCCGGCCUUGCACAACCCGCUCCCGGCGCGGCCCGUCCCGCCGGCGGCGCGGGGCCGGGCGGCACCGCCCCCUCCCGGCAUCCCUCGCUCGGCUGCUGGGCUCGGCUGCUGGGCUCGGCUGCGCUCGGUCGGCGGCUCCGCGCUGCUCUCGCCAUGGCCGCCUACAGCAAGUUCCUCACCGCGCGGCACUCCGCCAUCGCCGGGGCCGCCGCCACCUGCGCGCUGCUCUGCCUGCUCAGCAAGCGGCGGGCGGCCGCGCAGCACGGUAAAAGAAGUGGAAAGCAAGCUUUGCAGAAUAAUGAGCAGAAGGAGGGAAAGAAGGAGCGAGCGAUGGUGGACAGAGUGUUUAUUGCACGAAUAUGUCGAAUCCUGAAAAUAAUGGUCCCUAGAACACUAUGCAAAGAGACAGGUUAUUUGCUGCUUAUUGCUGUGAUGCUGGUAGUCCGAACUUACUGUGACAUUUGGAUGAUUCAAAAUGGAACAGUCAUUGAAAGUGCUAUCAUUGGCCGCAGCAGAAAAGAUUUCAAGAAAUACUUGUUCAACUUCAUUGCUGCAAUGCCUGCUAUCUCUUUAGUGAAUAACUUCCUGAAGUAUGGUCUAAAUGAACUGAAGCUCUGCUUCCGAGUAAGACUUACCAGAUACCUCUAUGAAGAAUAUCUUAAAACUUAUACAUACUACAAAAUGGGAAAUCUGGACAACAGAAUAGCCAAUCCAGAUCAACUCCUUACACAGGAUGUGGAAAAAUUCUGUAAUAGUGUAGUGGACCUGUACUCAAACCUUAGCAAGCCCUUCUUGGAUAUAGUUUUGUACAUCUUCAAGCUAACAAGUGCAAUAGGAGCACAGGGUCCAGCUAGCAUGAUGGCGUACUUGAUUAUUUCAGGGUUUUUCCUUACACGUUUAAGGAGGCCAAUUGGCAAGAUGACUAUUAUAGAACAGAAGUAUGAAGGGGAGUACAGAUAUGUCAACUCACGGCUCAUUACAAACAGUGAGGAAAUUGCUUUUUAUAAUGGAAACUUGAGAGAAAAACAGACUAUUCACAAGACUUUCCGUAAGCUGGUGGAACACUUGCAUAAUUUUAUCCUGUUCCGAUUCUCUAUGGGUUUCAUUGAUACUAUCAUUGCCAAAUACCUUGCCACUGUGGUUGGCUACCUGGUUGUUAGUCGUCCAUUUUUGAACCUGUCUGAUCCCCGCCAUCAGAAUAGCACUCAUGCAGAACUUUUGGAGGAUUACUACCAAAGUGGAAGAAUGCUACUGAGAAUGUCUCAAGCUCUGGGCAGAAUAGUCCUAGCAGGCCGUGAAAUGACAAGAUUGGCUGGUUUCACAGCUCGAAUCACGGAAUUAAUGCAGGUUCUCAAGGACUUGAACAGUGGCAAAUAUCAGCGUACAAUGAUAUCACAAGAAAAAGAUGGAGAUAAAAAGCAGCCUUUGUCUUUGAUACCUGGAUCUGGAGAAAUUAUCAACAGUGAUAACCUUAUCAAGUUUGAUCAUGUUCCAUUGGUGACACCUAAUGGAGAUGUUUUGAUUGAAGACCUUAACUUUGAGGUUCGAUCUGGUGCAAAUGUGCUGAUUUGUGGGCCAAAUGGGUGUGGGAAGAGCUCCCUGUUCCGUGUUCUUGGUGAGUUGUGGCCGUUGUUUGGUGGGCGUUUAACAAAACCUGUAAGAGGGAAGUUGUUCUAUGUUCCUCAGAGACCAUACAUGACUCUUGGAACGCUCAGAGAUCAAGUUAUAUAUCCAGAUACUUUGGAAGAUCAGAAAAAGAAAGGGAUUUCUGACCAGGUGCUGAAGGAGUACUUGGAUAAUGUCCAGCUGGGUCCAAUCUUGGAACGUGAAGGAGGCUGGGACAGUGUUCAGGACUGGAUGGAUGUACUCAGCGGGGGAGAAAAACAGAGAAUGGCAAUGGCAAGGCUGUUCUAUCAUAAGCCCCAGUUUGCAAUUCUGGAUGAGUGCACCAGUGCUGUUAGUGUGGAUGUAGAGGGCUACAUUUACAGCCACUGCCGAAAGGUUGGCAUCACUCUCUUCACUGUUUCUCACAGGAAGUCACUCUGGAAACAUCAUGAUUUCUACUUGCAUAUGGACGGCCGAGGAAACUAUGAGUUCAAGAAAAUAACUGAAGACACAGUUGAAUUUGGAUCUUAAAGUCAUGAACUGAACUGCUAGAAAUUGAUGAUUACAGGAAAGGUGUAGAAUGUCAGACAAUGUACCAUAAAAUUACUCAGCUUGUUAAGCAUUUACUAUUAUGUAGGAUAUUGCUAAUUGUGUAUAUGUUGGUGUAAUUAUUGAUACGUACUAAGAAUGUCCUUAUUCUUGUGGUUUAAAAACCUGCCUAAAUUAAAUUGGGCUUAAAUUAGUGU